ACGUUGACGCACCUUAGCGUCGCUCAUUGUUGCGUGCUGGUCCGGCGAAGACACAUCGCGAAAAUCGCGGCGGGAACUUCGGUUCGUGACGCUGUGAUUACAAAACGCGACUAAUAAUUUCGAUAAUUGUGUGGAUUAUAUUUCAACAGCAUCAACAUGAUGAAUUUGUGGAAUGGUUAUCAUUACAUAUUUGAUACAUAUGGAGAUCCUAGAGUCAAAGGAUGGUUUCUCAUGUCUUCGCCAUUCCCUACCAUUGCGAUCUCGCUGAUAUACGCCAUCACCGUGACGAAAAUCGGCCCGAAGUUGAUGGAAAAUCGCAAACCGUUUCAACUACGGAAAACCAUCAUCGCUUACAACUUCAUUCAAGUGCUGUUGAGUAUCUUUCUGUUUCACGAAGCCUGUGUUAAUGGAUGGCUCACAUUCUACAGUUACACAUGUCAACCUGUGGACUUUUCAAAUAAUCCCGUAGCACUUCGUACUGUCCGAGGGUGUUACUUGUAUUUCCUCUCCAAGUUUUUUGAAUUUUUAGACACGGCUUUCUUUGUGUUAAAAAAGAACAAUCAUCAAAUAAGUGCGUUGCACGUAAUUCAUCAUGGCAUAAUGCCAAUGUCAGUCUGGUGGGGAGUUAAAUUUUUCCCAGGAGGCAAUUCAACAUUCUUCGGCUUUCUCAAUACUUUUGUACACAUCAUAAUGUAUUCAUAUUAUUUAGUAGCAGCGCUAGGACCACAAUACAAGAAGUAUCUUUGGUGGAAAAAGUACCUGACUCUUUUACAAAUGGUUCAAUUCACGCUCGUUGGAAUUCACGCCGCUCAAUUGCUGUUCAUCGAGUGCGAUUAUCCGAAAGUGUUCGUUUAUUUGAUCUUCUCUCACGCGCUGAUGUUCUUGUACCUGUUCUCUAAGUUCUACGAUCGUAGCUACAAACGUGACGAUAAGAAACCGGCAGUGAACGGUGUUGACGUAUCGGAAAAGAAAAGUAAACACGCUGUGAAUAAUAAUACGCUAACAACGAUGUGCUUCCCCGGACAAGAUACGCUAUUUGACGAACGUGCAAAUGCAAAAGUUAAAUGAAACUUGAGUGAAACAACUGUUGAAAAUAUUUCUUUCAGAGUAUUGGAAGAGUCAUCGCUUUUACAUCGUUGCUAAAUUUUGUAAAUAAGUACUGAAAGUGGGUAUUCAGAAUAAGCAAAUGUGUAUCGUUAUGCAUUGUAUUUUUACCGCAGUCGUGGUUUGUAAAUUAAUAAUAAUAUUGAGGUUUUGUUUU